ACUGUCCUUUAGAGGCUAAAUGGGACACUCGGAAACCAUUGCAGACACUACAAGCCGGGUGUGGCAUCUUCUGAUUUUGUUUACGAUGGUUGUUUACAAACAAGUGUAAAACUGCUCGUUGUAUAACUGUUAUCCAUCUAUCAUUUUAAUUAAUUUUCUGCUGUUAUUUUAUACUAGUUUAAAGUAAAAAUACAGUCUAAUUUACAAUGGCUAUUCUCAAAAAGUGCUGGGUUCCAUUUAUGGUUUAUUCAUGGACUUCGGUUAAAAUUGGUUGCUUUUAUGCGGCUUUGUACACGGGGAUCUUUCAUUUACUCUUCAUAUGCUAUUCGUUAUAUGUCAUAGAUGGAGGAAAAUCCGAUGAAUUCUAUUCCCCUUUCUUUGAACUUAAUCAAUCUGGUGCUACUGUAGCUGGAUCAAUCGCCAUUGUUUUCAGUAUCCUGUUUCUUCUUGCUUGUUCUAUGCUUAUCUACGGCGUUAAGAAUGAAAAUAGGUGCAUGUUUUUCCCAUGGAUGAUUGGAGCGACAUUUGAAAUACUUCUAAUGGUGUGCAUUGGAAUUUGGUUUCUAUUCCGGUACUAUUAUAAUGUUUAUUCAUUUUUGGCAAGCUUUAUUUUGUGGUGUAUUGACGGACUGCAUUUAUAUUGUCUUCUGUGUGUAAUUACACAAUAUCAAAUUUUGCAGAAACUUCAAGAACCUCGAUUUGUCAUUUUAUAUCCAUAAGUUAACUUUUUCUUUGCAUGUAAAUAAUUCAUUCAAUAAUGUUUUACUCUUUUUAUUGGAUAACUUACAAUUUAAAUAAUUAUAUAAUGGUUUGGGGAACAUAAUAUGUGAGCUAUAAUCAUUAAGAAGUAAAUUGUAUUAUGUUAUUAGAAUAUACACUUUUGAAUUGUUGUCACAGUUUUACGUGGGACAUUUUAUAUUUAUGUUGCAUUUAUAUUUAUAUGUUUUUUUUCUAAGUCAGGAUUUUUAUGAAAUAAAUCAUAAAAAAUAUUUUUUAUGAUAUACAUAAACAUAAAUGAUUCAUCUUCUUGCACGAAACAUUUUGCAUUUUCACAAUAAAUCAUUUCAUAAUUGUGAUGAUCACUAAAGUCAUUCCAUGUUUGUGAUUAAACUUGUUAAUUUAACAUGUGAGUUAAAAUUAUAUUUAGUUCUUUUUUUCUUUAAAAGUAAACCAUAGUUUUUUUAAGUGAAUUUCAAUGAAAUAUAAAUGAAAAGUAUAUGUUUUUGUUUUUGAAAUUUUGGUAUGGUUUUGAAUGUAUGAUCUUUUAUAUUUAUUUCGUGUAUUGUUUAUACUUCAUUUUUAUUCCUGAAGUAGCUGAAGAUCUGAAUCUCAUUUCACGAGCUUGUAUGAAUUUGAUUCUUAACUGUUUUUCUUUUCUUGGUGAAUUUACAAUAAAGAAAUAAAGUUAUUAUUUUUUUAA